AUGUCUGUUGUACCUGAACCGCCAACCCAAGUGGGAGCGGCAAUUCCGGCUCAUACUCCUCAUGCUGUAUCUGUCAUGUUCCCAAAAUGGCAAGACAAUAUCUAUUACGAAGAAGGCAAUCCCAUCGUUACUGCCAAAAUGGAGUGUGGCUAUCCCCGCUUCUUUAUUCACCCCCUCAUUCAACAGUUAUGCGCUCGCUUGCUUGCCAAGUUUGGCCAGCCUACCGAGGACGGGAUGCUGUUUCCUUCACGCAAAGUUGCUGAACGAUGCCGUGACUUUAUGAAACGUUAUUACGAACCUGCCCAUUCCCAUUCCGGCCUUUUACGUAUUGCGGAAUUCGACAUUACACCUGCCGAUGCCAGCAGUGAAUUGCAACCAGUGCGGACCUACAUUCUUCUUUUCCCCAAAGAUGCUUUCAAGGUUGCCAAGCAAUACUGGCAGCAUGCCGGUGAUAAUAUUUCGUCUCGCAUGGCCGAAUAUUGCCUUCGUAUCUUGGAUGAAAAUCAGCGAAUUGAAAAGGAGAAAGAAGCUUUGCUGAAGCGUCCCAAGGGAAAUCGACGAUACCAAUCGGCGGCACCCUCUGCCGCGCCUACACCGAAAAAGGAAGAUUCUUGCGAGGCUGAGCAUCUGGUCUAUGUCGAGGAACGAUACGGUCGAAACUUGCCGAUCCAGUUUGCUGACCGUGCAAAACGAGCGUUGCGUCGCCGCAUUGCAGGCGUUAUUACGGAGGCGGAGGAGGAGAAUAUGCUGGCGGACAAGGCAACACAGUCGGAUCUGAAAGAACAGCGUAAUUUGCAGGGCGAUCGUGGGAUCAAAGGUAUUGCAGAAGACGAUGUGUAUCUGUUUCCAUGCGGCAUGAGCGCCAUUUAUCAUGCACAUCGCUAUGCCAUGACGAUUGGUAAUGCGGACCUGAAGAGCGUUUGUUUUGGUUUUCCUUACACAGAUACGCUCAAGAUCCUUCAAAAGUUUGGCGCUGGCUGUCACUUUUAUGGUUUGGGAGAGGAUCAACAAAUCGAUGAGUUGGAAGCUUUAUUACAAUCCGGCGAUCGCAUCUUGUCCUUAUUCUGUGAGUUACCGUCCAACCCCUUGCUGAAAUCGCCCAACAUGAGACGACUCCGCGCAUUAGCGGAUCAAUACGACUUUUUGAUCGUGGUCGACGAAACCAUUGGCAACUUUUGCAACGUGGCAGCUUUGGAGUGGGCCGAUAUGGUCGUCAGUAGUUUGACCAAAGUAUUCUCGGGCGACAGCAACGUCAUGGGCGGCAGUAUGGUAUUGAAUCCCAAUCGCAAGCACUACCACUCGAUAAAGUCAGCCAUUGAAGCUGAUUUUGAGGACCUUAUAUGGUGUGAAGAUGCCAUUUUCAUGGAACGCAACUCAAGAACCUUCAAAGCACGAUCAAAUAUCAUCAAUGAAAAUGCUGAAGCUUUAUGUGAUUUCUUGGUCAAUCAUCCCAAAGUGCAAAGUGUUUAUUAUCCCAAGUUUGUCAGUCGAGAAAACUAUGAUGCGGUGAAAAAUGUUAAUGGCGGGGGCUAUGGCGGACUUUUCUCGGUGGUGCUGCAACACGAGAACGCUGCGUCUCAAUUCUACGAUAACUUGCAUUGUGCUAAAGGUCCUUCCUUGGGCACCAACUUUACUCUCGCUAGUCCCUACACCAUUUUAGCCCAUUACACUGAACUUGAUUGGGCCGCCCAAUUCGGUGUACCUCGACAUUUAGUACGUGUGAGCGUCGGCCUCGAGGAAAGAGACCGCUUGCUCAAGAUGUUCAAAGAUGCACUCGAUGCUGUCGAAGCAUAG